AUGAAACUAGCCAGUUAUUUCAUGUACACGGCCAUCGUUCUCGUGUUGAGCUUGCAAGCAGCAGAAGCGACUGGUUCAGCUCAAACAUUACUGAGACUACCUAUUAAGCGAAAAGAGAACAUUAUAGCAACCACUCGUCACCAUAGCAAACUUAGAAAAAGAGCAAACAACAGUGUUUCGCUUUACAAUGCAAAUGGCAAAGAGUAUCUGAUUGAAAUUGGCAUUGGCACACCACCACAGUUCUUUAAUGUCACUCUAGACACUGGAAGUGCUGAUUGCUGGGUACCUGCCCAAACAUGUCCUACUUCCAUGUGUCCUCAUACUCGAUUUAACAAUCAGAAAUCAACAUCAUUCAAACCACUCUCUCAGCAACUUGCUAUCAGUUACGGUGUCGGCUCUGCAAAGGGCACUUAUGCCGCAGAGACAUUGACGUUGGGUUCAGCGGAUGGUGUAGCCCUGUCAAACUUUACUGUGGGGUUGGUGUCCAACACCAAUAACAUUCUCAUGGCAUCGAUGGCAGAAGAUGGAGACUCCGCACCCUCCAAUGGCAUCUUCGGCCUCGGCUACCCUAAUCUAAGCAUGAAGACGGGUGAAAAGCCUGGCCAUUUUGUCAUGGGCCUGUAUCAAGCAAAGGCCAUUAGCGAACCCAUCUUUUCCAUCUUUUUAAACUCACAAUCUGCUUAUGGCAGCACUGGAGAGAUGCUCCUUGGUGGCAUGGACAACAGCAAGUAUACAGGUCAAAUGCAAUACGCCCCCGUGAUCAGUUAUGAUGUUUCUACCUACAUGGUAUCACCCAAUUUGGGGGCUAAUAUGACGAGCAGGGAGGCCAAUAGUCAAGAAUCGCAUCUUUACUGGGCUGUGCCUGGUCAAGGCGUUGAGACAUCCGGCGGAUACAAGCAGAAUAGCAAGACAUUGCAAGGUUACAUCUUGGAUACCGGCACUACAUUGACCUAUGUGCCUCCAUCGGUUGCUAAAUCCGUUGUCAUGUCUGUCACGCAAAAUGCAAAAACCACUCAAUUAGAUGCCAUCAAUGGCGUCUAUCGAGUCAGCUGCUCCACUGCCAAGCAAACUGGCAGCGUGUCCUUUUUGGUGUCCAGUUCUCCAGCAACCGCAUCCACCAGCCCCAUCUCGAUUCAAGUGCCCAUUGCUGACCUCGUCAUUCCACUCGAUGAUGCCCGCACUGCUGCCACUUCCAAGUCAUGCAUGUUUGGCAUUGCACCAUCGCCAGUAGGAUUGGACUUGACAUCUGGAGAAACAUGGAUUUUGGGUGAGUCAACAUUGCGAUCACUCUACACAGUGUACGAUCUCAAAGAGAAUCGAGUGGGGUUCGCAAAGCUGGCCAAUGGUAACUCGACCAAUGCCACUACUGCCACUGCAAAUGAUGCCAUGACAACACCUGUAUCGAGUGCCAAAUCCACUGCUUCUUCUUCCAGCGAUGCAUUGCAACAAGAAGCGAGUGCCGCAUCGUCAUCAAUUCAGCAACUAACCAUGUCAUCUGCAACCCGAAUGAUGAUGCUUAUCACGAUGAUGGUGAUGAUUUAUAUUUAG